GUUGUGCAACAUGAACAAGUGCUAUCAUUAUCAGGACGAGGAAGAAAGGAAGGCUUUCCUUUUGACGCCGUACUUUAGUCUUUAGUUACUGCAGUAUGUCAUCGGUGGCAAUAGCUUGAGGACGAUGUUCCAUCUUUCAAGUAGCCUGCUGCGCAGGUCGUGUGCGUUCAGCCACGUUUUGAGACACGCGUCUCGCGUGUCUGCUAAGCCUGCAAAGCUCUGUGGGCCUCCUCCUGUGCCUGGUUUCGAAAUAGACGAGGAGUUCCGAAUGCGUAUGCUUGCGCCUGAGCUGAAAGCAAAGAAAGGCCGCUUCUACAUUGUUGAUCCUCCAGUUGCCAGUUAUGUGGCGAAUGUAGUCAAGCCCUUUGUCAAAGACAAGUUCUGCAUUCAUGCUUCUCCAGGUCCUGGUGUCCUCACACUUGCAUUGGAUGCUGUUGCAGAAGUGAAGGAGCUGCGUGUGAUGGAUAACCGUGGACUAUUUCUGGGUGUCUUUGAGCAUCUGCAGGAAAGCAAGUUGCCUACGUUGAAAGCCUUUCAUGGGAACAUAGCCAAGGUCACUCCGAAUGCGCUGGGCGAUGAAGAUGCCGAAGACUAUGACUCUCUUGAGAUGUCGGUAUUUCCGACGUUUGGGGAGGUAUUGGAUGGCAUUCCGGAGACACCAUGGAAUGAAGAGGCGCAAUUUGCCAUUGUUGCACCAUUCGGCGCUGACAUGCUCCCCUUUCUGGGUAUUCUCCUGCCACAUGUCUGUGGCAAGUCUGGCUGGUUCUCGAGGGGUCGCUGCUCCAUUAUCGGUGCUGUGUCAUGCCUGAUUGAUGACCCAGUACUGCUAGGAUCAGCUCCUAGCAACCAUAAACUGUCGUACUACAAUGCUUUAAUAGAGCAAGUUUUCGACGUAGAACUGCUUUGUGAGCUCCCUGUGGAUCAUGGUGCUUGUAAAAUUGCCCCUAUUGGAGUGCACAGAGGCAAGAAUGUAUGUAUUCGUGUCUUCUCGUUCACACCCAAGCUUGAACAUCCAGAUGUGUUCGACUUGGCUCUAUACCGCGUUAUCUAUCCACAAUCACUUCUUCUGGACUCUCCGAUCUUCGACCAUAUCAAAUCACAUGGGAUUACUGAGGAGUUCUGCAAGAAGAUCAUGGACUUUGCUGACCUUCCAGAGGACCUAACUGCCCGGAACCUGAUGCCUGACGCUGCUUGGAAACUGUUCCUCGGCUACAAGAGGUACUGCGACAGAGACUUUCUGGAGAAAUUGUUCUUUCGCUUGGCUGUGGUGAAGUAUGAUGACAACUUUGAUGCGUUCAGGUCAGUUGAGAUGGAAGAGCAGAGGAGGUUCAUGAAGGAUUAUGGCCGUGGACUUGACAAUUCUUUCUGGGAUGACAAGAGUGGCAGGUUUCGUGCUUCAAAUGCACCCGUUGAGCAUGACAUGGAUGCACUAUUCGAAGGAGAUCAUGAUACCACUGGAUAGGCUGUGCACUGUAUGGCACGCGCGCACGCACACACACACAUGCACAUGCGCGCAUACACACGCACACACACCACACACCACACACACACACACUCUCUCUCUCUCUCUCUCUCUCUCUCUCUCUCUCUCUCUCUCUCUCUCUCUCUCUCUCUCUCUCUCUCUCUUCCUUUUUCUGUCUUAUAUAUUUUUGUACCAACCUCUUCUUCAUAUAUAUUUUUAACCAUGAAACUCAUUUCAUCGCUACCGCUUUGUUCAUGUAGAGCGUGAACCGGCCGCUGUGUGUAAUUUUUGGCGCUCUUCAAGAUUAUUAUUUAUUAACCCUUGAGCAUUAAAAAUGGUUUUUUCUUUGCUGCUGCUUAUUUGACUAGCAUGUGCAUGCACUUGUUGUGACUUUGAUUCCUGUGGCCUGAUCCCCAUUGCCACAUCAUCCGUUAACAUAAUUAUCAUAACACUAAAACAUAUUGUAUAUUCCCUGCCAGCAUAGCACCCGGCGUGUGAUGAUGGUGAGCUUUACGUUGCUGCCUGAAGCGUGUCUCGUGCUCAGAUGCAUGAACAUGUCAGCUGUUAAGUUAUCAGCGGCGUGCAGCACACACUGCGGCGUGUUCUUUCCAGGAGUGCUGUUUGUCGCCGCGGUGGCGCAAGUCCAGUAGUGCCGCACUCUUUGCCUCUUUUUCCUUCUUUUAAAAUUCUUUUUGAUUUGCUGGAACUGUCCGAACACAGCUAUUAUCAGUAGGGUGGUGGAGUGUGUGUCUGUUGAAUUGCCGAGGACCAAUAUGAUGCAGUGAGCGUGCCCGUAGGCAACGUUAUGUUUAUUAUUAUUUUUUGAUGUGAGUUUGUACGUUUGGGUUAGAUGGCACAGUCCAGUUCAAGUA